UGGAAACAUUAGAAUGUGUACAGUUACUUAUUUCUUUUGAGGAUGGCAGUUGCCAACAUUUGGUCUUCCUAGAAGAGAGACAAAAAGGUUCUUCAUCGCUAUUUGUGACUACCACUCUGAUCAAUAUUACUAGUGAUUUAAAAGAUUGGUAAUAUUGUCAUCUGCCAAAUGGGUCAUUUCACUCCCAACACCAAAAGAUUUGCAGAGGUAAAGGAGUGGAUCUUCAGAGUUACUGGCUUCAUUUGCAGCCUAUUAUCUUUGGGGUUUGAAAUAAUCCUUGCAAGCAGCAGAUACUGGCGACUCUGGGAAUUUGACAAUAAUGUUGUCCAGCUUGUUUACAUUGGACUCUGGGAAGCUUAUUACCAUUGGGAAUUUAACUUCUCUGAUACUGAGACAAUAAUUCUGGUACACAGCUCUGUCAACUCAACCUGGACAAUUUCACCUGAAUUUCAAUGUGCACGGAACCUGAUGUUACUGACAAUCCUGAUAAAACCUGUUGUUGUAAUUUUUAGCUCAGCAGCCAUUAGGGUCAGCAUAAUCAAAUCCUCAGUCCAUGAGAUUCAGAUAGUAUGUUACAAGUGCUCAGUCUUAAUUCUGAUCAUCACUAGCCUUUGCACCAUUAUUUCUGUGACCUGGAACCAUGUAGUCGAUUUCUAUGGCAUAACCACUCUUGACUUUCCACCAACCUUUCCAGUUAAAAAAGAAGCCCUGAUUAAGAAACACAGCACUCAUGUGUUUCCAUUGGGGCUCCUGACAACCACCCUGUCACUCUUUGGUGUGAUUAUGUUCCUCUUUGAGAUAAGGUCACUGAAAGCUCAGAGUAAAAUGAAUGCCCAGCAUGAUUUGAAACAAGCUGAUGACAGUUCCAUAAAUGAGGGUUCUGGAAUUUGUGAAAUGUGUCAGUAGACUACCUGACAAAAUUUCCUGCAUGCACACAGUACUGCUGUAGUUAUUUACUUACAUAAAAUAAAGUAUCUCAAUGAA